CUCCUCUCCCCCCUGCAGCUCCAGCCCCCCUCAGUGUUGGAGGGAGGGGGGGUCCUGGAGCAGGCUCUGCGGGGUGGGUUGGUGCCCGGGGCCCGGCCCCAGCCCUGCGACGAUGCCACUUGCCCCCCCAACAGCUUCUGCACCGCCGACCUCCUGACCGGCGGCUCCCACUGCCCCUGCAGCCUGGGCAAGGGCGGACACAGGUGUGGAACAGAUAUCUCCAUCCAGUACCCCCGCUUCUCUGGCCACUCCUAUCUCACCUUUGAGCCCCUGAAGAAUUCGUACCAACGUACCGAGAUCACCCUGCAGUUUAAGGCUGAUGGGGAAGAGGACGGGCUGUUGCUGUACUGCGGGGAGACUGAGACCGGCCGGGGAGACUUCCUGUCGCUCGCCAUCGUCCGCGGACGGCUGCAGUACAGGUUUGACUGCGGCACGGGCGCUACGGUGCUGCAGAGUGAGGGGCCGGUGCAGCCGGCGGCCUGGCACACGGUGACCGCGCGGCGUGACGGGAGGAACGGCAGCUUGCAGAUCGAUGCACACACCCCCCUCACCGGCAGCACCAAGGGUAGUUACUCCCGGAUCACGUUCCGCACCCCGCUGUACGUGGGCGGAGGUCCGGGGGGGUGGGGGCUGUCGGCCGCGGCCGGUACCCACCAGGGUCUCCGCGGCUGCCUACAGGCCCUGGUCAUCAACGGGCGGCGCCUGUCCCUGCGACCCUGGCCACACGGAGAGGCCCUCAGCGGGGCCGAUGUGGGGGAGUGCAGCGCCGGUCUGUGUCGUGGGGUCGUCUGUGCCAACGGUGGCUCCUGUGUGGCCAACUCUGCCGACUCCUACCUGUGUCUGUGCCCGCUGGGGUACCGGGGUCGGCACUGCCAGGAGGCCGUGACAGAAGCCAUUGAAAUUCCACAGUUCAUCGGGCGCAGUUACCUCACGUACGACCAUCAAAACUUCCUCAAGCGUGUCGGGGCAGGCUAG